AUGGAUGAAAAAGAAGAGUUGCAUCUAACCUCUCAGGAGUUGCAAGUUUUGUCGGAACUUGACAGUCGGCAGUUUGGUUUUCUUAAGUUACGUGGCACUGAACAUGGCAGGACCCGAGCUCUUGUACUCAAGGCUGUCAAGUAUCUUGAAGGGAUGCUUGUACAAGUCAAGGAGGAAGAAAGAGCAUGUUCACCUGGAGCCAGAAGAGAUAUAUGUAUUGACCCGAAAACUUAUUGCAAACUUGGACAUUUUCAUCUUCUGCUAGAGGACUAUGCUAAAGCAAUGUCAGCUUAUCAAAAGUUCUAUGCUCUGGAGCCUGACAACUGGAAGGACCCUCUGUUCCUGUACGGAUUGGGGCUAUGCUAUUACCACUACAAUGCCUUUGAGUGGGCUACAAAGGCGUUGCAAAUGGCACUGUACGUGUCGCCGGGGUUCACCCGCGCGGCGGACGCGCACCUGCGGCUGGCGCUGAUGUUCAAGGCGCGCCGCCACUGGACCAUCGCCGCCGUCCACUUCAGGCGCGCCCGCCUCGCACCACACCAAGACGCCACCUUCACCCGGCUCGAGCUCAGCUUCCACGCCGCGCACCUACUUGAAGCGAGAGGUCUGAGAAAAGCAGCUAGAGAUGCAUACGAAAGGCUACUAAAGGAACCUCAGUUGUCCUCCACCUUAAAAGCCGAUGUUUGCAGACAGCUGGGAUGGCUAUACCACCGCUGUGUGUCACUGGGUGAGCCGGCAGCUCGCGCGCGGGCUGCUAUCUGGUGCUUGCAGCGAGCUGUGGCGGCUGAGCCAGAGUCAGGGGCGGGACUCUAUCUACUCGGACGGUGCUUUGCAGCGCAAGGAAAAGUACACGAUGCUUUCAUUGCAUACAGGAAUUCUGUGGAAAAGUCCGAAGGAAAUGCUGACACUUGGUGUUCCAUAGGCGUUUUGUAUCAGCAACAGAACCAGCCCAUGGACGCUUUACAAGCAUACAUUUGCGCGGUACAACUAGAUAAGGGUCACUCUGCGGCGUGGACUAACUUGGGCAGUUUGUAUGAAAGCUGUCAAAUGCCCAGAGACGCGUUCGCGUGUUAUACAAACGGUGGUGCAGCUGCAACUGCAUCGCAUUCCGCUUUACGACAAAGGCUCGCUUUCCUGAGAGCACAUUUGGCUCAUGCUCCAAUGCCUUCUGUUACGGGAAAGCGACGCCAGCUGCCAUCAAUCGAGGAAGCUUGGAACCUGCCUAUAUCCGCGGAAAUGUCUUCCCGCGCGCCUAAGUCAGCACCCCCGCCAUACCCAGGGAAGAGACCCGAGGAGCCCCCGCCACUCACACAACACCAGUUGCAGACUCUACAGUACUUACAGAAGAACUCCAACAAUUUAUCACCUCAGCAACAAGCUUUGAUGCAGCAGUUACUGACGCAGUAUCGACAAGCGCAGGCGGCGCGAGCGCGUGCGGUGACGAAAAGCGAAGGUAGCGCCACCGGCGGCGACAACGCUGAGUCGCUCGCCGAAGAUCUGUUGAAGAGGUUCUCAGAUACUCAACCCGAAGUUAAGAAGGAGCCUAUCUGUGCAGAUAGCUCCAGUAAUGCAGGCAGUAGUGGUGACACGAUGCUCGGCGGGCGACAGCCUGUCGUGAAACUGGAGCCCCUUAAGACGGAUCCACUGAAGCCGGUCUCCUUCCACAUCGGCAUGAGUUCGAAGCAGAUUUUGGAAUCUUGCAAGGAGAACGCUGGCCCUCCUACGGCGUGGUCAGUACUAGGCGACGGGUGCGGGCCGCCGGAGCCCCCUCCGGUACCACCACCGCGCCUGUCUCCUGAACAGUUGGCGCCGCCGGCGCCUUUCGUUUACGUGGAGUCCAAGCGAGAUGCAUUCUCGCCACAGCUGCAAGACUUCUGUCUAAAGCAUCCUAUCGCUGUAGUGCGAGGCCUCACUGCGGCGCUGAAGCUUGACCUCGGGCUGUUCUCCACUAAGACUCUAGUGGAGGCGUGGCCCGACCAUGCCGUGGAAGUGCGCACGCAACUCAUGCAGUCGGCCGACGAGAACUGGGACCCCACCGGCCGCCGCCGCGUCUGGGCCUGCGCCUCGCACCGCUCGCACACCACCGUGCGCAAGUACGCGCAGUACCAGGCCGGCUCCUUCCAGGAGUCUCUGCGCGAGGAGCGCGAGCGAGGCGGCGCCAACACCGCGCCCGGCGGCGGCGCGCUGUCCGACUCCGACGGCCGCGAGUCCGGCUCGGGGCCGGUCAAGCGUCGCCGAGCUGCACGAAUGCUGCGCUUUGGGACCAACGUAGAUCUUUCAGACGAGCGAAAGUGGCGUCCUCAACUCACCGAGCUACAGAAGUUACCAGCGUUCGCACGUGUCGCGUCAGCUGCCAAUAUGCUAUCACACGUAGGGCACGUUAUUUUGGGCAUGAAUACGGUACAAUUGUACAUGAAAGUACCGGGCAGUCGCACGCCCGGUCAUCAAGAGAAUAACAACUUCUGUUCGAUCAACAUUAACAUCGGACCAGGCGAUUGCGAAUGGUUCGGUGUGCCCGACGCGUAUUGGGGUGGAGUGCGCGACCUGUGCGAGAGGCAUGGCUUGUCGUACUUACACGGGUCAUGGUGGCCCGACCCCGAGGAGCUACGUGCGCACGGAGUGCCCGUGUAUCGCUUCACGCAGCGACCGGGAGACUUGGUGUGGGUCAACGCGGGCUGCGUGCACUGGGUGCAGGCCACCGGCUGGUGCAACAACAUCGCGUGGAACGUCGGCCCGCUCACUGCGCGCCAGUACUCACUGGCGCUGGAGCGGUACGAGUGGAACAAGGUGCAGAACUUCAAGUCCAUCGUGCCCAUGGUGCACCUGACAUGGAACCUGGCGCGCAACAUCCGCGUAUCGGACCCACGCCUGCACCGCGCCAUGCGGACGUGUCUGCUGCAGACACUGCGCGCCGCGGCCGGCACGCUGGCGGCCGUGCGCGCGCGCAACGUGCCGGUGCGCUUCCACGGGCGCGCGCGCGGCGAGGCCAGCCACUACUGCGGCGCGUGCGAGCGCGAGGUGUGGCACGCGCUGCUGGUGCGCGAGCACGAGCGGCGCCACGUGGUGCACUGCCUGGCGUGCGCGCGCCGCGCCGCGCCCAGCCUGGCGGGUUUCCUGUGUCUGGAGGAGCACCACAUGGACGAGCUGGCGCAGGUGUACGACGCGUUCACGCUGCACCGGCCGGCGCCGGCGGCGGCGCACGCGGCGGCGGGCGUGCCGGUGGCGGUGCCGGACUGA